AUGGACAUUAUUUCGGCCCGAUGCCCUGAUAAUGAGCUCGUCUCCCCUAUGCAAGCGCCACUGCCCAUCGCAAAUGUCGCGAAGACGGCCAUUUCAGCCCGCAAGACGCCCACAUUCCCCGCGACGAAUGCUUCAUCUGGCAUCGGCGUCCCGGUAUUGAAAUCCGAGAACAAGCCUGUAUACGAUGCCAGGGGCAAGCUCGUGCGCCAACAUAUCCGCAUAGCUAACGCGCGUUUCGCUGAUGACUCCCCGCAGUCACUUUCCUUCAGUUUGGAUCACUCUCUUGCCGGUGUCUCCAAGACUUCAAGGGGAAUCUUCGCCGAGCACCGCUGUAGUCGUGACCUGCUUACUGCCUAUCGUGCCGAGUGUCCGAAGCUCAAGGGCCCCCUGAUUGUCGACCACGAAGAUUCUUGCUGCUAUCAUUGCACUCUCGUCAACGCGCCUGACAUUGCCCAGACUCUGUCCACCUCCGAGGAUCAUUGUGCCGAACGUGAUUUCCGUGUAUUCUUGCUCCCGAAGUUUGACUGUGAAGUCAACGUAAUCGAGUAG